GGAAGAUCAAAAACCACCAAACUAAAUCUACAAUUCAUCCAUCAUAUCCAGAUCAUUGUACUUGAACGAAACCAAUCCGCAACAUGAACUAUUUCAAGACUAAUAUUAGUUGACCUAAGGCGGUGUAAUAAGCAACGAAAGUGCUAACGUAUAUUAGCUAAAUUAAAAUAGGUAUCCUUUUCCCACGCACUGGCAUUGCGGGACACAUUGAUGAAAUAUUUUCUAAAUAGUGGCCAGUUAAACUCAGUUUGUCAGUUAUCUGGACGCGGACGCGUUGCUCAACGUCUCCAUCGAAGCAUGUUGAAGUUCGCUAACGUGAGCUACCCUAAAGUUAACCCCAAGGAUUUUUUACGGGAUGAUACACAGGAGGAAUCGGCCAUGAUGUGGCCGUACCGUACCACCCCCUUGGUGUUACCUGGUGCCAAAGUGAAGCGUGAACCACCGACUGAAAGUUACCUUCGUCACCAUCCAAACCCGUCAUUCAGAGCGCCACCACACCACACUCCAGACUAUUUGUUGAAGCAAAAGGUUGCCUCUUCGGUAUUAGAAAGAGUAUCAAGUGGUGAUCCGAGUAAACAGCUGGUCCACAAACAAUUCAAUUCUCCUAUCAACCUGUAUAGUGAGCCAAAUGUUAUCGACACAAUCCAUAAACAGACUGGAGUUAAACCACAAAUAAAAAGAAAAGUGCAGUUUAACCCAGCCGAGAGCGAGACGUACAGAGCAAUCCAAGAGGAGCAAUUGGGAGAACAUGUGCACGAAGUGACAGUUCCUCCACAAAGCAGAAUUUACGCUCCGAACAAGUCAAUUCCACCAAAGAAAACUGGGCAUCACGUCGUUAACCAAAACCCUUAUCCGAACACGAUAACUGGAGCAGACCCAGAUCAGAUACAACAAAGCGGAUCCUUCAGAAGGCUCAUGAUGAGCGUGCUGCCAUCCAGUAGUUACUAAAUACUGUGGAUUUUUUAUAUGAAUAACAGAAAUAUUUUUUAAAACACAAACGAAUUCACUAUGUACUUAACUAAUAUCGUAAUACGUAGAAUGUGAGUCAAAACUUAGUUGUAAAAAUACAAACGAUAGGUUUCCGAACACAUUUGCUCUUUUUUGCUUUUGCAAAGAUAGCGUAAUGUUUAUUGUAUCUAGUGGUAAAUUUGGUCGGUUAACUUUAAACGUAGACAGAGAAACAGUGUAUGAAAACUAUAAUUUCUAAAAAUAUUAUGUAGUUACCAGUUUAUCUACCUGAAUGAAAAUACCGCAAAUGAUUUUCAAAGCGCUUAUUCAAGACAUUUUUUAGAAUCAUGGGCGGCCACUAGGGGGGCAUAUGCCCCCCUGGUUUCAGCUUGAGAAGUAAAAUACACCUAAAGAUAGAGAUACAGGGUUUGUCCGGAAAGUAAUGAGCUUUAUUUUAUUUUAAAAUGUAUUCAUCAUUUAAGUAAAUAAGCUUAAUAUUUUUCGAAGUAGCACCCUCCUGAGUCGAUACAGUUUUACCGGGUGAUUUCCAAGCCGCGUAUGAUCCCAGCUGUUUAGGGUGGCCGUCAAAGUAGCUUGAAUGUUGUCUAGAGUAUCUAGAUGCGGCCCCUUGACGUCCCUUUUUAGUCGAGGAAACAAAACAAAGUCCGCUGAGGUCAGAUCGGGACUGUACGGUGGCUGGGGCACACCGCUCCGGGUCACGUAGGCGACGGUAGCAAAGGUGGGAUGGUACGUUGUCGUGGUGCAGUUUCCAUGACGACCGAAUUUCUCUUCAGAACCAGGCGACCCUGUGGACAGGUCUUUAAAGAACUUUUUUGUGAAAUUGAGCAUUGACGGUCUGGACAGGGGGUACAAACUGUAGGUGCACGAUUCCCUUAGCAUCGAGGAAGACAAUGGCCAUGGAUUUCACCUGGGACUUGCUUAUUCGAGCUUUCUUCAGGCGCGGCGACACGGACCUGUGCCAUUCCGCACUUUACCGCUUUGUCUCCGGGUGGUACUUGUGUAGGAAAUUUGCAUCUGCAUACAACUGUUUCAGUUCCUCACACACAGCCACACGAUGGAGUUUUUGAACGUCGCUCAAAGCUCUGGGCACAAGUUUGCACAAAUUUUGCGCGUUGCUAAGUCUUCCGACACAAUUUCGUGAACAGUGGUCUUUGGCAUGUGCAAACAGUCAGCAAUCAAGAGGACACUCAGCUUACGGUCUGUGCUGAGAAUUUCUCGAACACUGGUCACAUUGUCCUCUGUUCGCGAUGUCGAUGGACGUCCUGAACUCGUUUCGUCAUCGACCUCCUCCCGCCCUUCCCGGAGCGACUUGUGCUACUUUUCUACUUAUGAAUAUGAUAGGCAGGCAUCCCCAAACGCUGUUUGGAGCAAAUCCGAUGUCUCCUUCCAUGUUUUGUUUAGUUUCACACAAAACUUUAUCGCAAAACAAGGGCUCACAAAAAGCAGCGUACGCACCCUGCAAGAGCUCAGAGGCAACUGGCAAGAGUAUCGUUGGAAAGUGCAAAGUGGAAAGCUAAAGGUUUCCCCACCCUUCCCAACUGUUCGCGUCGCGCUACAUUGCCAAGUUGCGUCACAAAUAAAUGAAGCUCAUUACCUUCCGGACAAACCCUGUAGGUACAUUUUCAAAAAAAAUACAGACUAUCCGACUCCAGUAACUGAAAGGAAUAAAGAAUCAAUCAGGCCUCUUAAGCUGCAGCCCGUAGAAAUUGAACUUCAAAGCUGCAAAUCUCGGUAAAAAUGCGCCAUUCAGAUUUUAUAAAAUUUUAGUAUAUAUCCAAUGUCACUAGCAGUAUCCAUGGAAAUCUGGAUGCAAAGUAAUUGGCUGACUAUCUGUGAUGCAAAGGAUCAUGUAUCGCGGAUUCAGCCAAACACAAAUGAAGUCAGGCAAGAAAAAACGUCAUUCUUUUUUCAAGUCAAGCUUUCGAAAUUGUUUUUCUUCAUCAACAAAUAUCAUAUGUCAAAAUCCAUCAAGCCGUUUAAGUUGUUGCCCGUGAAAUGAUAAUCGAAGGUUGAUUUUAAUUAACCCUUAACUACGGACAUACAUUUUUUAUCCUCUAACACGGACAAGGAGUCUGACAGACUCCUAUUAAUGUAUGCAAUACAUUUUUCUUUUUACAAAAAGUAUGCUGAUUUUUUCUUCAUAAGUAAAACAAAAUACAUCUCAUACAUCAUGUUUAUUAUCAAUAUUUUGAAAAUACUAUAAAAUUAUGCAAAAAAACCACGAAAUAAUUGGCGCAUUCCAUUUUGUUACAAAUGCUAAACAUACAAAUAAAAAGCAACGCUAAUAUUAACAAAACAUAUAAAUCAACAGUUAUUUGAAUUUAAACCUUAUACUAUAAGAUCCCACAAACGGUAAAAUAGUAAGAAUAGGGCUGUAAACUUUAAUAUAAAAAAACCUGCACGAGGUGAAUGUUUCAUAUAUUUUCUAGAGUUUGACAACAGUUUAUACAAGAUUUUCGCGAACACUGCAGACAUAUUGGCUUUUUGCAGUUCGCACAUGUAUAGGCAGUCUUUCUUUUUAGCUUCGAGGGGCAUAUAUAACAAUAUUUACGUGUAUGUAGGCGUUCCUCAGUCACAGGUGUUGGCUCUUCUUGAUGUAAAACGCGACAGAUUAAAUGUUUCAAUUCUCUGUGUAACAUUGGCAUCUCCAAUCUGUUACGCACAUGUUUUUCAAUUAACUGAUCCGCCAAUAUUUUCACAAAAUUGAAACGUGUUAUAUCAUUUCCCGGGAAAGAGGAAUACAUAAUGAAAGAAUUUGCGCUACAAAUAUCUAUCAGUUUAUAAAAGAUAGCCAUUGGCCACCUUCUAGUACGGCGACUACAUGUAUAUUUUGCAGUUUUUUCAUCCAUUCCAUCCACACCUCCUUUAGUGGAAUUAUAAAAGGCGAUCAUUUCAGGUUUAUUGGAUGUCUCAUCGAUUGUUUCGCUGUGAUGCAUGGUAGAUAAAAGAACUACUGCUCUAUUUUUCUUGGGAACAUGUGAGAUUAUUGUAACAUCUUUCGUAAACCCAUAAAGUGUUUCACCCAAUUUGCGUUUUCUUGCAGGUAAAAACUCAGUGGGAAUCUCCCUUUUAUUCUUUUUUAGUGUUCCCACAAAUGUAAGGCCAUUUUUUAAUAGGUAUUGGGCAAGCUCCAUAGAUCCAAACCAAUUGUCGGCCGUUAUGUUCCUGUUUGAGUGAAAAAUAGUCUUAGCGAGCCGGAUAACUGCCUGAGAUGGUUUACUGAGCUUUUUCUCUUCUUCUGUUAGACCACGACCAUCGCUGUCUUUACCACCAUAAAUGUAUGCAUUAUAUAAAUACUGUGUUCUUGCAUCAGUCAUUGCUAUUAUUUUUAUCCCAUACUUCUCUGGUUUGGAUGGGAUAUACAUUUUAAAUUUACACCUUCCCCUGAAUCCCACCAACAUUUCAUCUAUGCAAGCUGUUGCGCCAAUUGUAUAUGAACAUCUAGCAUUCUCGCAAAACAUAUCAAACAGCUCACUAAUAGCUGCUACUGGAUUUACCUUCUUUCUUUCUUCUCUGUCCUCUGGAUUAUCAAAUCGCAAAGCCACUAACAAAAUGGAGAAACGCUCUUGAGACAUAACAGCUCGGAAUACGUCCCUGCCUCUACCGUCUGUUGCAAAAAUACUUCUUACAUCUUCAUCGUUACUUUUGAAAAUUUCGGUGUACAAUAACAAUCCUAAAAAGGCAUCUAAUUCGUCAUUGUCAAUAUCUGCUAGCUCCGGUUUAUUUUCUCUUUUGUAUUUUCUUCUCAUAGAAGCUAAUUUUGCAUUUGUCCAAACUAUAACCAAGUCAUACAUUUCAGGAGAAAAUAAUUUUUUGAACAAUUUAAUAGGGCUCUUUUCAUAAUUUCCAGUUAGUCGAACUGCUGGAAGUCGCAAAAUGUUAUGUGCUGGUGUUCGUACUCUUCGUUCUGGCUCGCGUCGGCUCCAUUUGAAUCUAUUUUUUCCAUACAGGUAUUUAUUUUCUCGUUUACGUUCAUUUCCUGAUCUGUUAGGUUCUAACACCUGUUCACUUCCGAUAGUAGCAUCAUCUUCGCCACUGGAAAUAUCCAUGUCUUCGUCAUGUUCAAUCUCGUAAUCAGGAUCAUCGUCAGACGCCUCUUGCUCGCUUGUUGACUCAUGUUCACUCUCAAUGAACACAUUUUCAUCAGGUUCAAUAUCACUGUUUUCAUUGUCUACCUCAUUGAACCAUCUCAUGGCAAUUUCCUCAAAGUUAGGAUCCAAAACAUUAAUUCGUUUGGAAGAACUUGGCCUAGAAGUCGCCAUAAUAAAAUAUCACUAUACUGACGUUAACACGGACAAGGAGUCUGUCAGACUCUGAAAUGUACGUAACUCCAAAAUCAAAAAUAAAUGCUAAGUAAUCACCUCAACACGCUGUAGCAAAGUGAAAAAGCGGAAGCUACUCGAAGCGGCGUUGACCUUGGGUGUUUUUUGUUGUGAGUACGGUACGAUAUUUGCGCGGCGGAGUCUACGAGACUCCAUGUCCGUAGUUAAGGGUUAAAUUGAAGAGCACUCAAUUUUCAAUCUCCAGCACUCCCACCUCCUGCCCCCCUGGAGAUGGAAAUUUUUCAGGGACCACUAAUGUGCCCCACUUUAAUUUUGCUAUAUGGGUCCGCAUGUUUCGACUCAACUCAAAAACAUAUCCUCAAAAUGCAUAAUCGGUGUCCGGUAAAUAGCACGACAAAAAAUGGUAACGAUAGGCGAAGUGCAGAUCUACAACAUACCAAAAAAUGACCCUAGUAAAAGUUUCACUGUUUUUGAGAUAUUAUUUUUUUUGUCUCUCCUUUUUUAAUCUAUCUUUUGUUGCUAUGCCUAGAAAUAACAGGAUAUCUGUUUGUUGCUUUGCAAAAUAUUCUCAGAUAGUUGGUCUGUCAUUUGGAUUAUCAUUUUCGAUAAAUACAAGUAGGUAAACUUGACAAACUAAUAUCUUCUUCGUAAUUUUUAUUUUAGAAAAGUAUUUUACUCAACUUCGGUAUUCAGCAAUGAAAUAAAAAUGUACUAGAUUGCUACUGCGAUAAAUUACCUGCUUAAUCAGCAACAAAAGAUAGAUCAAACGAGGAAAUUUUUCGAAAAAGCCACAAAAAAUAAUAUCUCAAAACCAGUGAAACGUUUACUAGGGCCAUUUUUUGGUAUGUAUGCCUUACGCCUAUCUUCCCCAUUUUUUUUGUCGUACUAUUUACCGGACAGCCUGUAUAUGACAAUUGGUAAUGAUUCAGGAUAUUAGAAAAUAUUGGAAAGAAUAGUUGAAGGGCUCGGUGCAAAAACCGGUCAACUCCAUGGUUUAUAAUUUGUGGAAAAUCAUUAAAAACUUUUCAAUAUUGUUAGUUGUAGGAAUUUUCUAUCGGAAAAAAUACCAAUUAUGUGAUGGUAUUGUAAAAUAACUUACCACCAAACUAAUAACAAAAUAUUUUCUUUUUGGCAGAUGCACCAAAAGAUGUGCAAACAUUUGUCCUAUAUGAUUCAUAUAAAAGGUGAAUUUGGGGAACAAUGGAGUUGACCGGUUUUUGCACCGUACCCUUCAAAUGCACUAUUUUUUGAUUAUUGGAAAUUUGUGGGAAGUUAACCGGUCAAAUUUGCAACUAUUUUAUGUAAUAUUAACAAAUUGUAUAACGAUAUUUCUUCUCCUGUGUUUCUCUGGUUUGUGAAUAUAUAUAUCAAGCGCAAUUGUCCUAGAUAUAAGACUAAAUGUAAGGGAAAGUCUUUUAUUUAUUUUAUUUAUUUUUUUUAAAUUUUAGCGGAUGAGUGAUUUCUAGUCAAACCGGCCGAUUUGGAACUAUAGUUAUGGAAGUAUGUCAUAGAAAAAAAUAGCUGUAUCUUCAUGCAGAAAAAGCAUGAAGCUGUGAACGAUAUAUGCUUCAAAUCUUCGUUCAUGAUGUAUAGAUAAGGAUUGUUGUUAUAUUGUAAUUUUAUUUGUAUAAAAAUAUGUUACGAGUA